UGCAAAUGGAAAGCGCCUCUCCUCAAGAUCUCGGGCCAACAAACAAAGCGCCUCCCACCUUGGUUUCUUAGCGGAGCGCCGCCGUCGAUGCGGCCAGAACUACAUUUCCCAGGGUGCCUGGCGGUCGGGGGCGGAUGAGCGUCUCCGAGAGAGGAGGAGGAGGGAGGAGGAAAAGACCCCUCCCCCGUCCCCAGGCUAAGCGUCGGCCGAGGGUGGGUGGUGGAAGCGGCGCCGUGGAGUCGGGAGGAGGAUGGGAGGUGAGUAUGGACGGGCCCGGCUCCCUUCCUCACCCGGAAUUCAUGAGUGGGAUAGUACUGGGGUUGGGGGGUGUCCGGAAAGAGUCCAUGGAGGUGCGGGAGACCCGUGGCUUAUAUUUUGAUGGGCAUCUCCAAGAAGCAGGAAAGCCAUCUGCCCACCAAACACACCCUGCCCGCAACGCUGGCAGGUUCAGCCCUGCAGUUCGACAGAGUCUGCAGGCAGCUGUCCAUUAUUAUUAUUAUUAGUAUUAUUAAUACUACUACUACUACUGAUAGUGAUGAGAAUGUAGUAAUAAUGACCCCCACCACACACACCCCUAGUUACACACUCCCUGGAAUGCGCAUCUUGCCUCCAAGGUGCAGUGCAGUCCCGCUUUACUCACUAGGACUCACUCCCAUUUUAGCGUGCAUCAGACUGCAGCUGUGGAGUUAUAUAUAUAACAUGAGGAUGGAGGAGGGGAAACAGAGAAAGGUGUGUCACCCCCCUUUCCCUCCAGCCCGCCCAUGAAAAAGGGAUUAGGCUUCUGCUUUGGGAAAUCUCUCUUGUUGUGAGCGUAUAUGUGUCUACCUGGGCGAACGUUUCAUUUCACCCCGGUAUUGUAGCCUGAGAUGAUGCUCUCGCUGGUGGUCGUGAUCCCUCUUGGUACUAUAAUUGAGGAAAACAACAAAAUCGGAUAUGAAUGGGCUUUGUGUUCCUCCCCACUGACAAUCUGUGCCCUCGGAUGCUGGUAUCUAUCAAAGGAAGUGUUGUUUCCACUACCCUUGUAAAACUCUGGAGCUAACAAUGGAAUCAUCCUAACAGAAUUAGCCAGUGGAUAGGACCAGUCGCCUGACCCAUUUUUGAGCCAAAGAUGUGGCAAGAUAAAAGUGCUGUGUUACAAAUGGUCUGGUUUCUAAUUAUUUUCUCAUUUUCCUAAUUUAUUUUUUUAAAAUAAUUGUUUCCAUAUUUCCUCUUUAUACAUCUUUACUAGUAAGAAUUGAGAAAGGUUUUGGUUAAACCUCAGUGUGAGAAUGUAUACCCUGACAUCUUAUUUAAAUACAAAGUGAUCUUAUCCCCGACAAUUCCUAAAUUUAAGAUAGGCAGACUUCAUAAGUCAAUCUUGUCUCUUGGUGGAAAUCCAUAGUACAUAUCCUAUGCUUGUGACAUGCUCAGCUUUAGAAAUACUACUAGACUGUCCUAGGUUUGGGUGUUGCCUGCCCAAUUUGUUUUGUUUUCCCCCAAUCAAGAUUGUUGAGUAGCUUGUGUUAAAGACAAAAUGUGAUUGUCUUGCACCAGACUCAAUUUGCUUCUUUCUUAUCCAAAUAAAACAAAAAACCGCCUUUAACAACUUAAGUACCCUGAGGACACUGUUGUGAAAAUAAUACUUGUUAAAGCUGCUGAGCUACUCUUCAGUCCUGAUUUCUGUAGGAACACUGAAGUAUUCACCUUUCAGCAGAGGAAAUCUCCACACCACAAUAUUUUUCUUGGUGAGAUAGAAGGAAUGUUUCAAACAAUCAAAAUUCCUUAUUUGGCAUUAAGAUUUAUUCAAAUGAAUGGGGUUCAUUUCCAAGUAAACAUGUAUUGAGUUGGGCUGCCAGUUGAAAAUAUGUUCUAUUUGAGAUUUAUUCUGUUUCUGCACAUGGGGAUCUUAUCUGAACAUGAAUCAUGUGGAGGAAGUACUUGGAAAACUUAUGGUACAUACAUACGUUUUUAUAGUGGUGAAUGUGACCAUUUCUGCCAAAAAACACAAUGUUGCUCUUGUUGGAAUACAGUAUAUGUGUACUGCUGAUUCAUGUGCCACUUUUGCCACAUAAUUGGGGCCUGUUUUGAACCCAUUACAAUUCAAAACAAUUUUGUCUACUGUGAUUUAAUUAAAUAUGCCCACUUGACUGACAUUGGGUGAAUGCCAGUUAGUAUAAUUGCACAACUUUGAUUUUCCUCUAUCAACAUCGUCUUAAUGACAAUCUCUAUCUAGAUUGAAUAAACUUUCCAAUAAACAGCAUGAUUGACUUCAGCCUGGUAGCACAGGUUUGUGGCAGUUAAGUUUUAUUCAUGGUUUUGAGUCUGUGGCUGGGGGUCCGUAGGUAUCCCAAUAUCUUUGAUUUAAUCUUUUUAACUUUCUGCCUAAGCCACUGGCGAGCAUGUUUUUUUGACUCUCUACUUUUUGAGCUCGGAUUAUCUUUGCUACUAGUUUCAUCUAAAUGGUAACAUUUUUGUUUCUUUUCUUCCUGUUAGUGUUUUAUCAUUCAGUUUUUACUAUCUUCUAAAUAUAAAGUGCCUUUUGCAAACCUUAUUAUUUAUGGGUGUUCUAACUGUGACUUCCCAUUCUUUCUCCUUUUUCUGUACACCAACUUCUUCUGUAUUAAUACGGUAAGCUCUGGCUGCCUCCAACCUUCAUCUGUGUGCUCAUACCUUCUUAACCACCUGCUGCUUUGCGCAAAUGCUUCUUUCUUGAGCACUCCCUUUAAUUGUCUUCAUAAGCUCCAGACCAUGCUCCAGGCUUUCACUUGGUUCUCACUCUUACUUUCUUCUAAAGAACACAUUGCAAACUAAGAUAAUCCAUAAAAUAGCCACGCUCCUGAGUCAGCUUGCUGUCCUGUUUACACUGUGAUUAUUUGUAAUUUCUUUGCUACUGGUAAUACUGUGGCUGAGUUCAGACGCAGCAAAACUAUGGCAUUAAGAGAAUGUCUCUCAUCAAUCCUUGGGACUCUUAUGCUCCCUCUUCCAGCGCAAUUGCAAGGAGAUUGGAAGCCUCUACAGUGGUACCUCGGGUUACAUACGCUUCAGGUUACAUACACUUCAGGUUACAGACUCCGCUAACCCAGAAAUAUUACUUCAGGUUAAGAACUUUGCUUCAGGAUGAGAACAGAAAUUGUGCUCCGGCGGCGUGGCGGCAGCGGGAGGCCCCAUUAGCUAAAGUGGUGCUUCAGGUUAAGAACAGUUUCAGGUUAAGAACGGACCUCCGGAAUGAAUUAAGUACUUAACCUGAGGUACCACUGUACUUUCGUUUUAUUUUAGCUACAGUUUAGCUACAGACAUACCUUGGUUGUCGAACACCUUGGUACUCGUACGUUUCGGCUUUCGAACGAUGGAAACCCAGAAAUGAGUGUUCUAGCUUUUGAACUUUUUUUGGAAGCCAAACGUCCAAUGUGGCUUCUGCUAUUGUUUCUGGCGCGCUUGUGCAAUCAGAAGCCAACUGGAAGCCGUGACUUGCUUUCCAAAUGUUUCGGAAGUCCAACAGACUUCCGGAACAUGUUCUGCUCGAAAAGCAAGGUACAACUGUAUUUGGAACAGGCCAGCUUCAUAAACUGUGAUUUGAAGUUUCUUUGUUUCUGCAAGCCAUAAUCAAGACCGGCUACAGUUUGCGAAGGACUGGACAGCACAAGAAGCUGUGUUUAAACUAAAACAGAAGCUAAAGCUUCUGUACUUAACUCCUCCACAUGACAAGGCCAAAGGGAGGGAGCUUAUGAGUCUGAGGCCCCCUAAUGUAUUCUCUUAAUACAAAAAUUAAUGCUAAAAUACGUUUGAAUAAAAACUAAGGAAACAGCUGUGACCGAGGAAAUUGCAACACUGACAUCUUUGAAAGGAAGUUUAGAUACUUGAGAAAAAUGAGAGAAUUUAAUAGUGUGUGUUUUUACAGAGACAUUCCACAUUUUUGUGUGUUCUAUGUCCAUAUGAGCUGUCAGCAUGGACAUUACUGGUUCAAAUCUCACCUGCUAGAAACACAGUAGGUAGCUUUUGCAAGCCUUUGUUUAUUCCCCUCAUCUACAAAUUAGGGAGAUAAUACUGUCGUAAGGAGGUAAUGGAAUUGUGUUCAGCCUUCUAAAGUACUACACAAAAGUUAUAUUGUAUUAUUUUGUUGGUUUGCACUUCCAUAUUUCAAUAAAUAAUUAUCAUAUCCUCAGUUUAUCAUGGUCACAGCCACCAGCUGGAAUGCGACGUAUUUCAUUGUACAAUAUUUUAAAAGUUGUUAUUUUACUAUUAAAGUCAGUCUUAUGAAGCUUUCCAGGGAAGAACAGAAAAUGUACCGGUAACUGAUUACAUGUAUAGACCAAUCUGCUUGCAUCUUCCUCUGUCUUAGGAUGGGUGGCUCAACUGAUGGGUCUGUUCGGAAGAUCACUUGUAUUGACUGCUUUUUCUACAUGCAUGUCCUUCCAAAUCUCUUAAGCCCUGCCUCCAUUUUCAUACAUCAAGUCGUAUGCACAGCAUAAUAUUAUAGCAGUAACAGUUUGCAGCUCAGAGGUACCUGAUUUGAGCAGACAGAAUUAAUAUGCAAUAAUGUACAUGUGUGUGUUUAUUUUAAUGAUUUUAACCUCACUCAUGAGACUCCAAGGCCACCAGAACAGUUUGCAAAAAUCAAUGAUAAAACAGUAUUCAGGUUUAUAAUCUGAAACAUGGCACAAAAGGAAAAAGAAUAGAAAGGGAGGAGGAAAAAGCCAGACUCUUUUUUGUUUGUUUGUUUGUUUGUUUGGUUUGGUUUGAGACUCUGUGGUUUUGGGAGUGCCUGAGUUCUUGUGGCAAUAAUCUGGAAUGGAACCAUGUUAAUCAUUUUGUUUUCUGGUUCAGUCCUUUUUUAUGCUCAACCCAGAUACAGUUCAAUGAGUAGAAUUUUACAGGAGGGGAUGUUCUGAAGUUGCUUUAAUUGCUAAAUUGAACAGAUGUUGCAAGUAAGCAAUGAAAGGAACAGCUGGCGUACGCAUGUGAAAGUGGUUGGCUGGAGCCAGAGGAACACGUGUCUUCCUAACUCAGUUAAAUUUCAUGUUUGGAAACUUUCUGCUUUUUACUCUUUUCAAUUGCAGUUGAGACACUAUGAUGGAUAACCGUUUUGCCACUGCUCUGGUAAUCGCCUGCGUGCUUAGCCUUAUCUCCACCAUCUACCUGGCAGCCUCUAUUGGCACGGACUUUUGGUAUGAGUACCGCAACUCAUCGCCACCCGAAAAUUACAGUGAAGUUAAGGCCACUUGGGAUGAUUUCACUGGUGAAGAUGAAAAGUCUUAUACAGAAGCUCUCUUUCGAUGGAACGGCACCAUUGGACUAUGGCGGAGAUGCAUCACGAUGGCUGAGAACUCUUACUGGUUCAACUCACCAAGUAAACCUACUUCAGAAAGUGUCUCUAAAUGUGUCUUUCUCUUAGUGCCAUUUUCCUGAGGGAUCAUUUGAAUGCAAAGCACUGGUGCAUGAAUAAAUUGAUUAGGUUAUCAGGUCCCGCUUGAGCAGACAUAUCCCCCCACCCUUUUUUUGUUAAUUCUCAGUUUUAAGAUGCACAAAUUUGCCUGAGAGAGAACUUUAAUUGUAUCUUCUAAGCAAGUACCUCCAUCAUUUAAAUCUAGGCUUGCUCUUAGGACCUUAAAAUUAUUAGUUUGUCUCUGAAGUAGUCUAUCAAGUCUUCUGAGGAAAUGACUAAUAGUUUUGAGAACAAUACCAAGUUUAAAAAGUUGGAGAUCAGUGCCAGCUGCUGAAUAAUAAUGUAAGAGGAAGUGUAGUACUUAGGAAGUUAGUACCAGAGUUGGGCAACCUGCGUGCUGCAUAAUAAUAAUAACAACAAUAAUUUUAUUAUUUAUGCUCUGCCCAUCUGGCUGGGUUUCCUUAUUGUAACCUUUGGCCUUAUCAUUUGCAGUCCUUGCAGCUGCCCCCACCCUCCAGCCAGUAUCUUCCUUCCUUCCAUUCCUCAACAUCAUUGUUGUAAAUCAAGAGUCUUGAUAGUGCCUUAGAGGCUAUAAACCUAUAACCGUAAACCUGUUCCUUCUUAAAAUGCUGCAAUAUGCUUUGUUGUAUGGGGUGGGGCCACCAAACUGUCAGUGAUGUCACAAUGACAUCGGGAGACUCCUUUUUUUGCCUCCAGAGUUUGAAAUCCAACCAUGCAGGCAAAUGCACAGCCUGCAAUGCACCUUUCAAAGUGUUCCACAAAACUGGCAAUCAGCUGGUUGUUGGGUCUUGGGAAGCCUCUUUGUACAGGGCUUUGCAGGUACCUAUAUACCUCACCUCAUUUGGCUAAAUCAGGCCUUUACCUACCCCACACCUGACAUCAUAUAUGGCAUCAGGUGGGCAUGACUUGACUGAAACAGCCUUGUGUGCCAAAUGAUGAGGCCUCACAGGCCAGAGGUUCCCCACCACACCUAGUUAACCCAGAUAUAUGCAUGCGCGUGAAUGAAGAAUGACAGUCAAGCAAAGCAGAUCCUAAUAAAUGUUAUUUCUUUUUUCAUUUUGGAAGCUGAGAUGGUCACAAGGUGCGUCAGUUUUUCCCUUUCGGAUCAGUUCAUGGAAAAAUAUAAGGAUCCUGGGAAUCACAAUAGUGGCAGUGAUCUGAACCGGACCUGUAAGUAUUUUUUUGGUUUUGUGUAGCAGAUAAAAUGUAUCUGAGGCUGCAGUCCUCUGCCCACCUUACCAAAGAGUAAGAGCCAUUGAACCUGGUGGGACUUGCUUCUGAAUAGACAUAGGAUUGAGAAAUACUCGAGACAUGUUUUAACUUGGCCAUAAGACAUGUUUGCCUUCAUCAAAUGUGGAUAAAUGGAAAGUAUGCUACCUUGUCAAAGUCGGCCAAUAGUGCAGCCCUGUGCAUGUCUAUUCAGAAGUAAGUUCCACUGAGUUGAACGGGACUUACUCCCAUGAAAAGUAUGUUUAGUAUUGCAGCUCAGGUCAUUUAUGAUGCUCUGGUAAUUUACUUGGGAUUCUUAUAUAUACAUAUAGCAUAGUCUUUUAUUUAGCAGUUAUACUCUGCAAAAUUCAAUGUUGUUUUAUUAUGUGAUGUAUUUCUGUACUGUUUAGUUCGGACAAAAAGCUAGAGUUCUUGGGCUCUGCCACAAUUAAGUAACUAGAUAGUAGAUUGAACUACUCUCCAUUUGUCUUGGAAACAAUGCAUUUUGCACCAUGAGAUUGGAGUGAAAGGCCCUAAAGUUGGAACAUCCCAAUCAUGUUCCUCUCCCUAUUUCCUUUAGAUCUUUGGCGCUUGCAGUUCCUCCUGCCUUUUGUUAGCCUUGGGCUGAUGUGCUUUGGGGCUCUCAUUGGGGUCUGUGCCUGCGCCUGCCGCAGUCUCUACCCCGCCAUUGCCACCGGAGUCCUCCACUUUCUAGCGGGUGAGUCCUCUUGGCAAACUUCAUCCCAUGUAUUCAGUGUUGAAACGUGAAUAUCUUAACACGGUGAGCCAAGAAUUAGGUGCUGUAAGUCUGACCAAAAUAUACUUGCUGCUUCUUCUCCAGGUUUGUGCACGCUGGGUUCAGUUGGCUGCUAUGUAGCUGGAAUUGAGCUGCUCCACCAGAAGCUAACCCCUCCAGAAGAGGUGCAAGGCCAGUUCGGCUGGUCCUUCUGUCUGGCCUGUGUCUCAGCACCCCUGCAGUUUAUGGCUGCUGCCCUUUUCAUCUGGGCUGCGCGUACUAACAGGAAGGAGUUCACGCUCUUGAAAGCAUACCGUGUGGCAUAACGGGAUAUUUUCAUUGCUUCCCAUGUCUGUUUUUACCCCGUUUUAAUACUUCGUUUUUGCCCCCCUUACCCCCUGGCUCUUCCUUUUUAUUUUAUUUUAAUUUUGUUCCACAAAAUGCAUGAAGUGAAUUGGCCUGGGGGUUUUUAAAAUUAAAAGACCUUAGAGGCCAAUUACGAGGAAUAGCACUUUCUUGCCAGAGAUCUGCAGGGUUUUAACAAGGUUUUUUUGUUUUUUUAACUAUAAAUUUUGAUGACAUGUCUUUGUUAUUCCCAGUGCAGUACAUUUUUUCACAUCUAAACCUGAUAUUCAAAAACAAUUAACAGGGUAGUGUAAGUAGGAGAAGGAAGACUUUAAUGACACUAAUUUUGGCAGUACUGUAUGUGUGUUAUGACCCACUAGGAAAUAAACCAGUGCAACCUCUUUCAUAAAUGUAGCAAUAGAACUUUGUUCUAGAUUGUGAUACAGUCUUUCCCCCCUCACUCUUACGCCUACUGCUGUAUCCCUUUCAACCUUUUUGGCUUGAUUGUUGUAAAAAGGUUGGUAACCAUGAGCUUUCUAAAUUAAGUGAAAUGAUGUCAACAUUUGUUUGUUACAUUCCCCCCCCCUCUCCUUGUAGUAGGAGCUUCUAUUACAAGGUGUACCUUCUAAUUUGACUAAUGUAAGCGUGUAUAUAAAUCUGACUCUUAAAACCCUUUAUUUAUGCAAUGCAAUACUUUAUUGGAUUUUUGUAUAAGUAUUAUUCAUGUCGCCUAAACUAAAACUUUUGUUUAAAAAAUAAAUCUGAGCAAAGCUCGUGGAAUUUUACUGGAUUUGUAUGCAGCCGAUGAGACAGAAAAAUGCAUGGAGUACAACUGAAGCUCAGUUUCCACUAAGAGAAUCUUGACAUGGACUUCUGUCCAAAUUUCCAUUUUUAUGCAUGCUUAAAAACAUUAUGGGAUGGGGAGUAAGGAUAUGUGGAAGGAAAGAGG